GCAGUCAUGUGACUGCCUGAUGUCACGCUGACAUCACGCCUCCUUUUCUCUGCAUGGAAACUAGACAGCACCGUGCUCAGACUGCCUGUCACUCAGCUGCUGCCGCCGUCGCCGCUGCUGUUUUCAUUGCAAGUAUCGGCCGGGCUGCUGCACCGGGUCUAUCUGGCAGCUCAGACUCUUGCCAAGUCCCGUGCAUGGAGACCCCGGGCAAGGCUAUAGGCUGCGGGCAAUCCCAAGCUUAUGUAACGAGUGCCUGUGCAGCAGUGUAGUGUACAGCGGAGGAGAAGUCCUAUGUUGCUUUCAUGAAAGAGGAAAUAAGAACACGUUAGGGGGCGGGGAUAGAGAUGCAAGAGCCGGGACACUGAAAAGUUGCCACCUUGAUGCUGCGACUCUGCGCUGCCUCCAAGGAGUUUAUUAGAGGCAGCGACAAGUUGGAUGUAUUUCUCGGAUUCCCUUCGCCGCUGAACUGACCCAAGUCCUUCGCUGGGGGUGGAGGAGGUGUGACUGGACACCAGAGCUGUCACCCAUACGAGUGCGACCCCGAGUGCAAGUGACACAUUAACGCUGCCUCUUUGCCUUUAAUGGUUGCUCUGGCUCGUUGUAUCGGCAUCCUCGUCAGAUCAAUAGGUUGCAGCCGGGGGGGGUGUGUUUGUGGUGGGAGCAGCCGGCCAUGGCAUAGACACAAGGCAUGGAGACUAAAGUAUAUAAGAACUUCCAGGAAGGAGUCAACAUGGAGAGGCAAUGGGGCCAAGUUCCUCAGGCUGUGGAUUACUCCUCUCCAAAUUCCACACAGCAGACUGCUGAUAAUACUUACAUGGAAAUAGUAAAUGUGAACUGUGAUUCUGAUCCUUUCCCUCAAAAUAAUGCAGAAUCAGACAGUAAAGAGAAACAAGAUCUCCUCCCUUGCCUUCAGCAAGAAAGCAGUAAGUCUAGUUUGUUGACACAGGAACUUAAACCUGAGCUAGCGUCAAAAGAACUAUCUGCAGCUGUAGCUGAGUCAAUGGGUUUGUACAUGGAUUCUGUUCGGGAUUCAGAUUACCCCUAUGAUCAGCAGAAUCAACAAGGCACAACUGGAUCUGGAACUAUUUAUCAGAGUAUGAAUCGAUUUUACAAGCAAACUACACAAGGUACUUUUCCAGCAGAUUGUCAGACUCAGUCCCUAAGGUCAGCUAUAGAACCAGACAAUUCCAUGAAUGGUAAACUAAAUAGCAAUACUGCAAGGAGCCCCUUGCCUUACAGUGAAAAAAACUUGUCAGCGGGUAGCCCUUCUGUUAUGCCACGUCCUGUUUGCAGUCCAACUGGCAUUAGUUCGACUUCUUGUUCCACCACAUUUGGAAAUUUUACAGCCCACAGUCCUGUUAACCAGGUAACUCCAAAAUCUUGCUCACCAAAUACAGAUAAUAGAUGCUCCAUAUCUCAUAGCCCUGCUGGUACUGUGGAAUCACCCUUAUCUAGCCCACUGAGUAGCAUGAGAUCGCCUAUUUCAAGCCCUCCAAGUCAUGGCAGCUUAAAAUCUCCAGUUUCCAGUCCAAAUAAUAUGAUAGUGAGACCUUCUGUGUCAAGUCCUGGGAAUAUAAACACAAGAAGCUCUCUUUCCAGUCCUUCCAAUGCCAAUAAUAGGUCCACUAUUUCGAGUCCAGCUGCAAGUUCCAUGGGAUCAUCUAUGUGCAGUCCUGCAAGUAGUACAUUGGGAUUCCUACCUGGAGUAAUGCCUACAGAUGGUGGGACUGCUUUGGAUGCCAUUAUUAGUGCAGAAGCAAAGGAUAAAGGUGCCCAGCACAUCAUGUUUCCUAAAGUCGAGGAAAUGGGUAAUGAAAUUGCUGAUUCUACUAUUACCCCUGUAAAAUUUAUUAAACCAGAACCUGACGGGAUUUUUAGUAAUGCUUGUUUUGGCGAUACUGCUUCUUCAGAUACAGCUUUCACAAUUCCAGUAAAGCAGGAGUCAUGUAAAAACAAUUCUUGUUCUAGUGCUCUUUUUAAAGGCAGCCAGUCAGCAAAUCCAUUUCCGUUCAUGGAUGGCUCAUACUUUGCUUUCAUGGAUGACAAAGAUUAUUAUUCUUUAUCUGGAAUUUUAGGACCACCUGUCUCAUCUUUUGGGGAUAGCUUUGAAGGUAAUGGCUUUUCUAACCAAAGCCUAAAUGUGGCAAUUAAACAAGAGACUGAGGAUGGCAGUUUUUAUCCAGAGAACAAUAUGCCUUCUUCAGCUAUUGUUGGUGUAAAUUCAUGUGGCCAGUCAUUUCACUACCGAAUCGGAGCUCAAGGCACUAUUUCUUUGUCUCGACCUCUUAAUAGAGACCAGUCUUUCCAAAAUUUGAGUUCAUUUCCUCCUGUGAGUUCACUGGUUGAGAGCUGGAAAACACAAUCUGAACUGGCUCAAAAUACUCUGUCAUCCAGGAGAAGUGAUGGCUUUCCAGUUCCAGGAUACAUUCCAGAAAACAUGUCCAGCACAACAUUACGGAGCAUGUCAACUGGACCCUCAAGACCUUCCAAAGUAUGUCUAGUGUGUGGGGAUGAAGCCUCUGGAUGUCACUAUGGAGUAGUUACCUGUGGAAGCUGCAAAGUCUUCUUCAAAAGAGCAGUGGAAGGUAAAUGUUCAAGGCAGCACAGUUAUUUGUGUGCAGGAAGAAAUGACUGCAUUAUUGACAAGAUUCGGAGGAAGAACUGUCCUGCAUGCAGACUGCAGAAAUGCCUCCAAGCAGGAAUGAAUUUAGGAGCUCGGAAAUCAAAAAAGUUGGGCAAAUUAAAAGGAGUGCAUGAAGAGCACCCGCAGCCACUUCAGCAAACACCAACUCCGAGCCCCAAGGAGGACACAACGUUGACUUCUUCAUCAAAAGAGCCUUCAGCAAAUUCAAACUCCCUCGUUCCUCUUAUAUCAGCUGUGUCUCCUGCCAUCACUCUGUCAGCAGCUGUGAUCCUUGAAAAUAUUGAGCCGGAAAUUGUGUAUGCGGGUUAUGAUAACACGCAGCCAGACACUGCAGAAAACCUUUUGUCCAGUUUAAAUCGACUUGCUGGGAAGCAGAUGGUUCAGGUGGUGAAAUGGGCAAAAGUGAUUCCAGGAUUUAGAAAUUUGCCUCUGGAGGACCAAAUUACUUUAAUCCAGUACUCCUGGAUGUGCCUAUCAUCAUUUGCCUUGAGCUGGAGAUCUUAUAAACAUGCCAGCAGCCAAUACCUGUACUUUGCUCCAGACCUGAUAUUUAAUGAAGAGAGGAUGCGCCAGUCUGCCAUGUAUGAUCUGUGCCAAGGUAUGCAGCAGAUUAGCCUGGAAUUUAGCCGUUUGCAGCUAACCUUUGAGGAGUACACACUGAUGAAAGUUUUGCUGCUGCUAAGCACAGUACCCAAAGAUGGACUUAAAUGCCAGGGUGCAUUUGAAGAAAUGAGGGUGAAUUACAUUAAAGAGCUAAGAAAAGUAUUAUUAAAGAGUCCACACAACUCCGGACAAAGCUGGCAGCGUUAUUUCCACUUAACAAAACUUCUAGACUCCAUGCAGGAUCUUGUUGGGGACUUGUUGGAAUUCUGCUUCUACACGUUCAGGGAAUCUCAGGCACUAAAAGUGGAAUUUCCUGCCAUGCUUGUGGAAAUAAUAAGUGAUCAACUACCAAAGGUGGAAUCUGGGAUUGCCAAGCCUUUGUACUUUCACAGAAAAUGACUGGAAAAGUCUUAAAGGAGAACUUUGCCUUAAGUUUCCUCUUAUAUUCCACCCUCAAGCCCUUGAUCCUAGGAAACUGUGCUUUGGCAUUCUGAAAAAGAAUCUGAUUUACUCUCUCCGAGCUGGAAGAAAUCACUUUGCAGAGGGUCUGAGAACUGAAGAAAACGGCGAAACGAUGGAAGGUGUACAUGAGAAGCUCCCGUUCCAAUGGAUAAAAAGCCAUAUCUAAUUAAUAACUGUUCCAUUUUGAUAUUCUAACUCGUUGAAGUUUUAAUUACGCCAUGGAGGUUCUGGUUAUAUUUCUUUUAAAAAGGUUCUUGGAUGUACAAGAAGAGUAUAAAGCUUAUCCGUGGCCUGCACAAGAGAGUAUGGUCAAUAUGAGGCAUUACAUUUUAUUUUGUUCUAUAAGGAAACAAAAGUCAAACUGUUGUUUAAAAUAUUAAGGAACAUUAGAUGUUGAAUGAUCAUAUCCCACUUGUGACCUUUGUUGUCCCAUGUUAUCAACAAUACUGUAGAUGAAAGACUUGGGCUCUUUAAUGUUAGUGGCUCACUUCUAAAUAAAAGCCGGUGCGUGAUCAACUUCCCGCACCGGAAUUACUUUGCCAUAUGAGUACUCCGCAACUUUAAUACAACCCUUUUUAGGUUGAUAAAUAGACUUCUAAUGAUUUAAAAAAGCCCCUGUCUCAGUUUAUAGGAUCCAUAUUGUGCUGGCUUUAAAGAUAAUUUUUGCGGUUUAUUAUGUACUGUAUAUUGCUGUAUGUACAAAUUGUGAAGGAUCAGAAUCAAAUAUAUGGAAAUUUUGUAAAUGAGAAAAAAAAGCUAAUGACUUGUAGGAUGAAUGGAAAGCCUAAGAAAGUAUUUUUUGGAAGAAUUCUAUUUUGAUGGAGACUAUUUAAAAGUACUAUCUUUGUCUAAAUAAGGUAAUUUUUUUUGUAAAGUGAAAUGUUUUGCAUGGAUAAUGACUUGUUUACAGCGUAUUUAAAAAAAAAAAGGGAAAGCUGUGCCUUUUUUAGCAUCAUAACUAAUUUACCAUUUUACAAUAUCUGUUUGUAAAUAGACUCACUUUAAAUCCCAAUUUCAGUUCUAUUUAAGCUUUUAUACUUUUCUGUAAAAAGGAAAAAAAAUGGUUCAACCUUUUUUUGUGAACUGCCUGCAAGUAAGAUUGGAGCACACUUUUUAGGAAUUCUCCUUAAUGUUUUACUGUGGAUGACAAGGUUGGUUCCAGGCGAUUAUGCUUCAUAUACAGCUACAGGGUAACAUGGAGGUCUACAGCACUUCAACCACCUCUGGUGUAUUGCCGAUAUAACAAGUCAUUUUAGCCUGAAAUUCAUAAUUUAAGGAACAUUUUGUGAUCACAAGUUUCCUCUCUGUCUCUCUCUCUAUACACACACAUAUACAUAUAUAUAUAUAUAUAUAUAUAUAUAUAUAUAUAUAUAUAUAUAUGUGUUUUAUAAAAAUGUUUUUGGAGGGGGAAUUCCCCCUAAAAUUGAUGGCACUUCACUUUGUACAAAUAAGAGGAAAAAAAGAGAUAUGAUGGGGCAUGCCAAAAAUAACCUUUAGAGUGCACUUUACUUUCUUCUGUAUCAAGUGAUCUUAAUAUCCCAAAUAUUGUAUUUUCAUCAUGAGAGCAAAGUUUUAAUCAGUAGUACCAGUUGCUAUGACAUCUGUGGCCAGGGUAUAUUUAUGAUGGUUUAUAGGACUUCUGAGAAUGAUAUGCAUUUUGUACAGGAUCAGCACUAUAUGAAAAUAAACUUUAAUUUGUUUUGA